UGAAAGAAUUUUCAGACGCAGUGCAGCUACAAAAAAAUAAAUAAACAUACAUUUUCUAAGCUCGUUUACUGGUUGUGUAUUUCUGUUUUAUAUUUGUAUUUAAAAAAAAAAAAGAGGAUAAAAAAUCUAAAAAAUAAUAUAAAAGUCAAACAAAAAUGUGGCCUCGAAGUCCGCGUCUGCGUUUAAAUGAGAUGAACUUGAAGAACGGCAAUGAUGGUGCCAAGAAGAGUUCCCCACGAGCACCCUACAGCAAAACGCUGCUCGGCUCUCAGCUGAAGAAGCGCCGCACCCAGGGCGGCAACAACAAACAGCGAUUGCAGAAGAAGCAGCAGCAGAGCGUUGAGAACAAGGAAAAUAUGCAGCUAAUCAGGCUGCCCAAAGCAGUGCCGCUCACACCCUCCUCCUCGGAUGCAUCGUUUACCACGAGUAGUAGUCUGUCCAGCGGGGCCGAUUCCGGCUACAGCAAAUCAGAAUCCAAGUUGCUGACGAUGCCUGCAUAUUUAACACUCAAGCGCCAGCACUCGGCGGCAAUUUUAAAUUUCCGAGCACGCAAGUCCGUGUCCCAAAUGGACUUCAAGGAGGCACGACGCACGGGCAGCUAUCAGUUGGCUCGUUGUGAUUCCAGACUUGGUCAACUGGGCAUCCAGGAUGCGACUGCAGUUCAGCUGUGCAGCCCACGAUUUAUGUUGAAUGGGGCAGGAGUGGUUGGAGAUCAGCAGGAUUUGGUUCGGAUUGCCAGUUUGCGCAUCUUCAACACAAUCAUGUUGCGCUCCUGGAGACGACGACGCGAGGAAGUCCGUCAUCUCGGCGAACAGGUCGAAGAUUUCAAGCGCAAUUUUGUCAAGAAUCGCAAUCAGUUGCAUGUUUACAACACUCUCUUUGCCGUGGAGAAGCGUCGCAAUGAUGCCCUCAAUGAUCAGCUAAAGCAAUCCUACAUGGACACUGCCCAAAUCAAGUUGUCCAAUAAUGAACUCGGUAUCCUCUUGGUCCAAGCCAAUAAGGAGAAGCUCAAAUUAGUUGAGGAGGUUGCCAGCAAGCAGCAGGAAAUUGAUAAUCUGCAAGAGUUACUACAAAUCACCAAGAAAGAUCUAUUUCAGACGCACACCUUGAAACGAGAGCAACUUGAGCAGCUGACGAGGAUUCAGCGUGAAUUCCAACUGGCCAAGUUUGACAUUGAGGAUCUGACUGGCCAGCUACUGGCACUACGUGUGGAGCUAAACCAGAAGCAAGAAUCAGUGAAUGAGAUGGGGGAGAAUAUAGAAAACCUGGCCGGGCAGUUAAAGUUGUCCAGCACUCAACUCAUGGAGCACAAGUACGAAACGGAGCAGCAGCUUAUCAAACUGAUGCAACACUCUGCCGAGCUCGAGAUGGACAUCAAGAAGAAGGAAGAGGAGUUGGUCACAUUGCAGAACUGUCUCGCUGCCACUGUGGGCCAUCGCAUCCGGCAGUGUUUGGCCCAUCGCCAGGCCUAUCAGCAUGCCACCUACAAUCUGAUGCACUUCGUCGCUUACUGCAUGUUGCCAGGCACUCCGCCACCUCCGCCUUCCUUGCCCCUUGCCAGCAUACCGUGUGCUGCUGUCAAGCGGCUGAGGGGGUUCUUCCAUGGAGUUGUCAAUAAUGGAGCAAAGGAGUCCAAGGAGUCAUCCGAAACCAAACGCGUUGCCUUUUAAAAUUGUUAGUUUUCUAUUUGUUUUAUGAUUUCAUGUUGUAUGUUUUUUUUUUUUGUGUUCUGCUCAAAUUUCAUCGAUGCUUACUAAUUUUAAUUCAAAUAAAAAUAUUAUUAUAUAUACACAAAUGAA